AUGUUGAUUUCAUGCAAUAUCCAAGACACGAUUUUCUAUGCUACCUUAAGUUAUGAUGAAGAUCAAGCUAAUGAGAAGAUAUCAACGAUCGGACAAAAACAUAUUGCAUGUUUUAAGCGUUCGUACCCGCCAGUCGAUGUACGCCUUGAAGUACAAUGCGAAUCUGCAACGCAAUUCAAAUUCGAACCUAACAAACAAGCCUUAACAGACAUCUCAAUGGAUUUUGCCAAUAUCUUGGCUAGCAAAGAAUUCAGCGAUGUGACCCUGUUCUCCCAAGAUCGAGUUGAAUUCAAGGUUCACAAAGUUGUAUUAUGCGCUCGCAGUGAAGUUUUUGCAGCCAUGUUUCGCAAUGACCUGCAGGAAAAGCUAACCGGCAGUAUUACCAUCGACGAUAUGGAUUCGGACGUGCUCAAUGAAUUACUGAAUUACAUUUACACGGACGACGAAAUACCCAAAGAAAUGGCAGCAGAUUUAUUUGUGGCGGCCAAUAAAUACGACCUGUCGGCUUUGCAAGAAAUGUGUGAAGAUUUCUUAAUCGAAGCAAUGAGCGCUGACACUGUGGUUGAUAUUCUUCUUCUGGGCGAUCGUCAUGCCAGUGAACGCCUUAAAUCAAAGGCUGUUCAAUUUGCAAUCGAAAACAUUAAAACAGUCUCGCCAACGGAGAGUUGGAAAAGAUUGCGUGAAAUUGAAUUUGAGUUAUGUAUGGACAUAUUGGAAAAGGCCAUGCUGGGACGUUUAUAG